GCCAGCUCUCAGCACAUGAUCCUAUGAAUAAGGAGCCACGGGGAGGAGGAGGGAGGAUCAGUCCUGACAGUGACUGCACACACAGAGGAGGGGCCAUCUCAGACACGUCAGGACUCAGAGACCCUGAGAAAGUGAAAGGAAGCGGACACACACAGCAACAGGACCAGGACACUAGCCACAGGGAGCACGGGAGGCCACACUGUCUGAGCCAAGAGUGCCAGUCUGCUCACUGCCAGCACUCAUGUCCCACUCACUGGCAGCCUUUACUACCUGCCAUUUGUGUUAAUUUCUGGUUUGGCUGGGCUACAAGUCUCAUGCAAUGAGGAUCCGCCUGAGAAAAUGGCCACUAAUCGUGAAGACAUGCGUUUUAUUUGGACUCUUUAUGAUUACUUAUGUGGUAGUGGAAAUUUCUGUUUCUUCUUUUUACUCUCCUGAGGGUAAGGGGCUUACCACCAAGAGAAGGUGGGAAAGAGAAUUUGCUGCUACGCAAGAGGAAAUGGAGGAUUUGAGUCACCCAGUUCAUGCAAAACCACCCCCAGAUCCAAACUCUCCAGGAGAAUGGGGCAAGGCUGCCAGAUUGCAGGUUGGAGUAGAGGAAAAAAAGAUGCAGGACAACAGCAUUGAGAAAUAUGCCAUUAAUAUUUAUUUGAGUGAUAAAAUAUCAUUGCAUCGACACAUACAAGAUAAUAGAAUGUAUGAAUGCAAAUCUCAGACAUUCAACUACAGGAAGCUUCCUACGACAUCAGUCAUCAUUGCAUUCUACAAUGAAGCCAUGUCAACGUUGCUCAGAACAAUUCAUAGUGUUUUAGAAAUGUCUCCUUCGGUACUUUUGAAAGAAAUUAUAUUAGUUGAUGACUUCAGUGAUAAAGUGUAUUUGAAGACUCAACUUGAAACAUAUAUCAGCUCCUUGGAACGAGUCCGAUUAAUAAGGACGAACAAACGUGAAGGAUUAGUGCGUGCACGGUUGAUCGGUGCUACUUAUGCCAUAGGUGAUGUGCUCACAUUUCUGGACUGCCACUGUGAAUGUGUCACUGGUUGGCUAGAACCACUUCUGGAGAGGAUUGCGGAAAAUGAAACUGCAAUUGUCUGCCCGGUGAUUGAUACCAUUGAUUGGAACACGUUUGAGUUUUAUAUGCAGACAGGAGAGCCAAUGAUUGGAGGAUUUGACUGGCGUCUGACCUUCCAGUGGCAUGCAGUCCCCGAGCAGGAGCGCCAAAGACGGAAAUCCAGGAUAGACCCAAUCAGAUCUCCGACUAUGGCAGGUGGUUUGUUUGCUGUGAGCAAGAAAUAUUUUGAAUAUCUUGGAACAUAUGACACGGGAAUGGAAGUUUGGGGAGGAGAAAAUCUAGAACUAUCAUUUAGGGUUUGGCAAUGUGGAGGAAGCCUAGAGAUUCAUCCUUGUUCCCAUGUUGGCCAUGUUUUUCCCAAGAAGGCUCCAUAUGCACGGCCAAACUUCCUGCAGAACACCGCGCGGGCCGCUGAAGUGUGGAUGGACAGCUAUAAAGAGCAUUUUUACAACCGUAACCCACCAGCAAGAAAGGAAAAAUAUGGGGACAUUUCUGAACGGAUCAUUCUUCGAGACAGACUACAUUGCAAAAGUUUUGACUGGUACUUGAAAAAUGUUUUUCCAGACUUGCAUGUGCCAGAAGAUCGACCCGGCUGGCAUGGGGCUAUCCGUAGUGGAGGCAUAUCAUCUGAGUGUCUAGAUUACAAUGCCCCGGAUCAUAACCCUACUGGUGCUCACCUGUCUCUUUUCGGAUGCCAUGGUCAAGGUGGUAAUCAGUUCUUUGAGUAUACAGAAAACAAAGAAAUUCGGUUUAAUUCUGUUACUGAACUCUGUGCUGAAGUGCCUGAAAGUCAGACCUACAUUGGAAUGAAACAUUGUCCGAAAGAUGGUACUAUUAUUGCCACAAACUUGGUUUGGGAGUUUAGACAAGAUGGGACAAUAUUCCACCCACAUUCAGGGUUCUGCGUUACAUCAUACCGUACACCUGAAGGUCGUGGAGAUGUACAUAUGGCGCCGUGUCAACCAUCGGACAAAAAUCAGUUUUGGAAGUUUGAGAGGUAGAAAAAGGAGCCCACCCAAUUAUAUGGACUUUUAAAAACAGAUUCCCAAUGUUUGCAGCUGAACACAAAUAUAAUAAUUACACAACAAAUACCUUUUUGUUUACUUUAAUUGUGUCUGCCUGAUUGUAUGGUAACAGAACUCCUUGCCACUGUGUCGUAACUGUCAGAAUUUUCUGAAGUGCCUUGUACCCAAUGAAGACUGUCAUAUACUGGGUUUGCAUUUUGAUACUUUAUAUACCAGUAUGUGUUGAAUGGUGCUCCUUACAAUUUGAUACUGGCCCUUAGCACUUUUUGGUGUGGCUUGCAUGAAACAGAAGCCUACGGUUUAGAGAAAUUUUGAUUCUUUAAAAAAAAUAUUUGUAUGAAAAUGUGUGCUUGCAGCAUCUAGAUGUUUUAUGCAAUUUUAUAUAGUCUGGAAUGUGUCUGUUUAUAAUGUAAUGUUUUAUUGUCAAUCUUUUCCUCAUUGCAAGGGCUUUCCUAUUUGUCAAUGGCAUCUAAACUAGACCCCAACCCUGGAGUCUGUUUGUGAAACUCAGGCAUUUGGAUUCAAUGCUGCAAAUGAAAUCGACCAAAUAAAUGGGGCUGCAGCUGUUAGAGUAAUAAUUGCUAGAAUUGUACUAAAAAUACACAAUUAAUGGAAUGGAAAUAAUUCUAAAAAGAGAGCAAAUAUGUGCCUAGCACUGCUAGAGAGAAAAUGUACUGUGCAAAUACUAACAUGAUGAUCUAAACCAGGCAUAGGCAACUUUCGGCACGGCAGAUGUUUCGGACUACACCUCCCAUGAUGCUUUGCCAGCAUUAUGUGUGUAAGAGCAUUAUGGGGGAUGUAGUCCACAACAUCUGGAGUGCCGAAGGUUGCCUAUCCCUGAUCUAAACCCUGCCUAAUUAGGGCCAAAUCUACCUGCUACGUGUCACUUUGAUCUGGGCCUCCAUUUAUCCAUCCUGUGUACUGCAGUCAUUUACUUGCAUUCCAUUUCUAAAUAUAAGCUCAUUUGUAGAAGUUCAAAUCGUGCAUGUGUAAAGAUUAUGUAACAGGAAUUGCCAAAGGGUGUGACCAGCCGAGCAUCAUAUGAGUUGGACUUAGGUGUUGAUCCAUCUUUUGUCCACCCAUGUUAUAUAAUGUGAUUUUAUUUACUAUUAGGAAGUAUUUAUAGUGCAUCAGGAAGGCUACAAUUAUUCCCAU